CACGCCGGUCGUUGAAUGGAGCGGGUGUGGAGACGCGUACAAGGCGCCGGGCGUCGCGGUGCCGCAGCCCGGUGUGGCUGCCCUGUGCAGCCGUGUCAGCUGCACGUGGACCAACGCGCGAAACGCGGCGGCGGCGGCCGGAAAUCCCGCGGCGGACCGCAGACGAUCGUGUGCGGUUGCCAGGUGCAGCCGUGCCCGGUUCACCCGGUUCUGAUCAGGGUUCGUCGUACACGGCCCGCGGUUACCAACUGCGAUUGUCCACCCGAGUUGCAGCCCUGUCCUCACGCACCGCCGCGUACCUCGGCCUUGCGUCGAGUCCGCAGGUGCGACUGUCCGGAACGACCUUGCCGUCAUGCGGCCUACAGCGGUACCCGACGUCGAGUGCCCGCGCAACCCUGUUCACCUACUUUUUCUUCAGCGAGCCAGUCGAAUCAGCAGCCGCAGCAUCAACAACAACAGCAGCAACAGCAGCAGCAGCAGUGCGAGUGCAUCGAAAGAAUAAACUGCACUCACGAGGGUGCAGUCGGCGAGGUGGCGGGCGAUUGCGAGUGCGAGGAAGAAGUGAAACCGUGCUCGCACACAGUGAAGCAACGCCGGUCGCGUCGUACGUGCGACUGCAGCGGCAGCGGAUCGCAGCCGUGCAGCCAUAAGCCGCAACACGAGGGACGUAUAAAGCGCGUCAAGUGCCGCGUCAGACGCGCCGGCUGCGCCAUGGCCAGGUGCACCGCGGAGCUGGCAAUGCUGCACCUUCACUGGGGCCUGGCCACCGAAUGCGCGCCCUGCAGGCCGCGAGCCCUCACCAGGAGACUCUGCAGGAGGCAGCAAAGCGACAACGAGCUCUACAGGAGCAACAGCUUCAAGUUCGAACGGUUCGAGAGGACCAAGGACGAGUGCGCGACACCUCUGCGGAAACAGGUCUCCUUGUGCGACGAUUACAGUCUGCCAGUCGACUUCGUGAACAAAAGACGUCCUGUGAGCGCAGCGGCCGCGACAUCCACGGUGCAGUGGGCGCUACCGAGUCCCACCGUCGAAAACGCGGAAGUCGAAGUUGUGGAACAAUAUAGCGAUCCCAGGGACAGCAAGAACAAGGCGUACGUAGAGCCCGGAGCGGAAACGUCUCUGCCGACGAUUUACAGCAAAGUAAAUCGCAACUAUUGCCGACCGUACACGGACCCGUCAGCUUCAGGGUCAUCCUGCGAGGAUGACGAGGAGGGUCAGAAGCGGAGCAUCAGACAGCGGAAGAACAGCCUGUACGCAUCCUCCUCUCUCCGCGCUGCCUCAGUAGACAGGGACAAAGACGUGGCAUCAUCGACCGACGGCGCGGUGGUGGACUGUCUAGCCAGCCUGGUGGUGCACAUAACCGAUCAAUCGCCGACCGAGUCUAAUCAACCGACGCGUCAUCCCUCGCCCUACUACUACGGCGACCUAUUCAAAAUACCGGAGCAGAUCAGAAAAUCGCAGCCGAUCAGCAAAUAUCGGAAGAGCGUCAGUCUCGACGUGCCGGGUGAACGUUCGAGGACACCCGGUAUACCGAAGAGGAAUUCGGUGGCAGGUGAUGGGGGUUCCUAUUCGUCGCAGCAGCUACACCCGCCGCAACAGCAACAGCAACAACAACAACAACAGCCGCAGCAACAGCAGCAGCAGCAACAACAACAACAACAACAACAGCUGCAGCCGACGCAGCUGCAACAGUAUCAAAGCCAAGAUCUAGUGAGCCCCACGUCGGGGAGCGAGCAUGCUGUCCCAGCCAGGAACGAGAUCCUCUCGUCGUGCAUCAUCACCGAGUGGGAUCACACCCUCAUGCCUCCGCAUAGACUGUUGAGCCAUGAUCUGCCAGCCACCGUUUGUACCUGCGUCGCAUCGCCAGAUGAGGAGGAGGAUGAGCUAGAUCAACGGCAGCCGCAACUGACGCGGCACCAAGUGCGCAAGCUACGACGUACCAGGAGGAUAGACCCGCAGCCGAUACUCGUCGAGGACGAGGACGACGUGGAGGGAGAGGACGAAGGGGAGGAAGAGGAGGAGGAGGACGCGGACCUGGAGGAAGACGAGGAAGAGAUGGCUAGGCAACGUCACCUCUACGAGACGGCCUUCGACUGCAAGGUCAACCGUUCCGACGAUGACCUCGAUGACCUCGAUCGGGUCACCAAUCAUCCCGUGCUGCACUCCCAAAUGAGAAGCAGCAGCGCGAUCCCAGUGAGCAGGACGAGUUCGUCGACGGACACGUCGAAGCAACAGCCGGCGCCGCAGCAGGUCGCCUACGCGGGACAGUCCCACAGCAGCAAAGACCGACGCAAGGUCGUACUUCUCCGCCCAAAACCGAUUCCGAGCCGUCUUCAGCAACAGCAGCAGCAGCAGCAACAACAGCAACAGCAAUCAGACAAUAUUUCUACUCUGUCCCAAGAUAUCGAAUCCCUCCAGAUCAACUCAAGCGACGAGAAGACCGGCUCGCCGAGGCUGCCGGCCCGAGGUUACACUCCGUCGCCUCCAUCCACGGCGCCGUUGCCGGCCAAGUUCCACGGUAACCGAGACCACUUGCUGCUGAACAUCCGCAGCACGCCGAACCUACCCUCCCAGCCGGACCAUCCGCGUCUGAAGGACUUGCGGCUCCCGGUGAAGUCCUCGCUGAGGGCCAAGGACUCGCCGCAGAGCAGCGAGGGCAGCAUACUGGAGAUCAAAAGCAGACCAAAGAAUUUUGCUCAAGACACCGUGGAGUCCUCCCAGGGCCGGCGCUUCGACAAGGAGCUGAUCCUGGAGUUCAAGGGCAGGCCGAGGGAGGACCGGCAGCGGCCGCGCAGCCUGAUCCGGGAGAGCAAGCCGAUCAUGGAGUUCAAGGGCAGGCCCCACGAGGCCGAGAGCGAUCUGCUGAGACCCCGUCGCGACGUGGGUCUGCUGGAGUUCAAGCUGCGGACCAGCAGGCGCCGACCAGGCUACUCCAGCACCGAGAGCAUGGCGACCAGCAGCAGCGGCGGGAGCAUGGAGUCGCUUCGCAGCAGCACCAGCGAGGGCAACCGGUCGACCAGCAGCUCCGAAAGCCGCCAUAGCACCAGCUUGAGCUCCCACAGCUCCGACAGCGGCAGCACCAACUACUAUCACCACCAUCAUCCCCAACCGUCGAUGACCGGCUUCCUGACGAACCACGCGAACAAGCUGCACAUUCUGUCCCCGAUCUCCGACAAGUCGUCGCAGGAGCCAGCCUCCGAGACCUCGGACAACAACCGGAACAACAACUCGCAGAAGGCCUCGCCCGAGGAGAACGUCACCACCGAGAACAACGUGACCGCGUCCAACAACACCAACACCAACACCAACACCAACACCGCGAACACCAACACCAACUCGGUCGGCUCGCCCAUGGACACCUCGUUCAAGAAGAGACGCGCCCCGCAGAACAAGAACCUAAUCAACCUCGCGCUUCAGUCCUCGUCCUCCGGAGACGCGGAGAUCCAGGGAUCGGACAGCGGGAUCUCCAUCGAGUCGCGAGCCGGGAUCAAGUGCAAGCCGUUCGGGUUCCACUUGUUGAAGCCGCAGCUAGACAACAUCAAUCUCGUCGACAACGAGCCGGAGCUCUCCGACCUGCCCUUCGAUAUGCCGAAGCUGCGGAGAAGGCGGCUGCUCAUGCAACAGGACGCCACCACUUCGGGCAGCGCGACCAGCGUCGAUCUCAGGGAUCUGCCCUUUGACAUGCCGAAACUCAGGAGGAGGCUCAGGUGCAUGCAGAGCACGGAAUCCAGCGGGUCCCAGGCAUCGUCGAGCUUGUCUGUGAGAGACGUCGAACCGCCGCCACUAUUCGGCGGCGGGCUGGCGCGACCGAAGAUGACACUGAAUUUGGACGCCGGUAACGGGACGAGCAGCGCCGGGUGCGCGGGCCAGAUCGCGCCCAAAAAACCCGGAGGUCUGAACCUUGGAUUGCCAUUGGAGAUUAGCGCCGCCCGUGGAUCCGCCGACCUCGUCGACGUCGAUCUUCCUCUCGAGAGACAAGGAUGGUACCACGGAUCCAUCACGAGAAUCGAGGCGGAAGCUGUCCUACGACUUCUGAGGGAAGGAAGUUAUUUGGUGAGGAACAGCGAAUCAACCAAACAGGAUUACUCUUUAUCUUUGAAAAGCGCGCGCGGUUUCAUGCACAUGCGAAUCCAGAAGAACGAGGAGCUGAACGCGUACAUUUUGGGCCAGUUCAGCAAGCCGUUCGACAGCAUACCGGAAAUGGUGCGGCACUUCAGCGUGAACCGUCUUCCGAUACGCGGCGCCGAGCACAUGUGUCUUCUGCAUCCGGUCAUAGCACAGCUUUUGUAGCGCAUCUAUCGUAGCGCCGUUUAAGGCGCUCCUAAACUUUUGAUAUCUCAUGUUUAUCCGAAACGAGUGCGAUACCGCUGACGGUGUAUGUAUGUAUAUCCGGAACGAAUCGCGGCGGAGGCGCGGCGUUGUUCACGAGUCGCGAAUCUUGUGCAUCCGUUGUACAGAAACAGAAACGUGAACUCCACGGAGAGGACCUAGGAUACCGAGCAAUUAACACACAUCGUACUUCCAUGAAAUCUCCGUUCUUUUUGUUCUCGUCACGCGUUUCGCGAGAACCGCUACCAAAAACACAUUCCGAGCUUCCGAGAUAAGCUACGAAACGUGGAGAGACGAAGUCGGCAAUUGGAACUGUACAGGAUCGACCAUCUAACACUGCGACCUCUGAAAUGUCUCCAUUACUUUUAAUGACACGAGAAAGCGUCCGAGAAAAAAUACGGCUAUUUCUUCAGAUCUAAAAAUUGAUAAACGUGCUCGUAUAAUGAAAUGUUAGAAUUUUUGAGAGUCGAUCGAAUUAUUACGGGACGGAAUAUAUUUUUCAUAAAUUGUUUCGCACAAAUCGGAACAAGAGAAAAUUUCUUUAACCAGCUACAACAAUAUUAUUGAUUUCUGUUAUUGUACACGCUUCCCUUGUAUUUCAGGCUACCAAAAACCUUCUUUCAAUAUGAUUGAGUAUUGGUAAUUAAUAUUCAAUAUAAUUUCAUUCGAUAUGAUGGCCAUGCUCGGUUUUUACUACAAAUAAAUCGUCCGACAUAUUUGUAUUUUUAAGAUAGACAUUUUUUGCUUUUCUCGGUAAAAGUGAUGAAGAUAUUCGAACUUGUAAGUGUUAGGCAAUCCAUCCUGUACCACGGAAAUAAAUACAGUACAAAUCAGCGAGGAGUUUCUGUAGGUUUAGUACGAGCGACCUCGAGAUUCGUAAUUCGUUCACCUGAAUCAUUUACGAUUACGUCGGUGUCCGUGCAUCGAGCCGAGAGCUUUAUUACCCGAGGAUGGAGAAGGAUCGAUUUUGUCGGAAACUAUCGAGUUCACGAGUACGCAACGACAGAGUCGAGGAUGAGAACUGUUUCAAGGUUGGAUCUGUCUCGUCUUCCUCAGAGAAACAAAGAAUUAUCAUCGCGAGCCUAACUCUCGCGAGUUUUAUUUUCGCGAAAUUAUUUGGUGGAUCCAGGAUUUUGUUCCUUGCACUUGAUCGGUCGAUAGGGGGGAGGGGGGAUGGCUUUGACGAAGAGUGGCGGGAGAUCGAGGCGACAGAUGAAAAUCCAGGAGAAACGAGAAAGAAAUGAGAACAAGGGAACGCUAACGAAGAAACUGCCCAAAUAAGAACAGCCUGAUCUUCUUUUCAACUGGCAUCUAAAAAAAUGAAACGAUUAGUUUCCGAGUUGGAAAAAUGUUCGAUCGUAGGCGAAACAUUCCUGAUCGAAAUAAAAAAAGAAUCAAUUCGAUCGGAUAAGCGAUUUUCGAAAUAAAAAUUCAUAAGUCGAGCCUAUUUUCGUGGAAAUGAGUAAAAAUGGUAAAACGUGGCAGUUGAAAAUAGCCAAUAUUCCAAGUGCUAUAACUCCGUGAGAAAAAAUCGUACCGCAAUCUCCGUGGACUCAUUUUAAAGCUCGAAUCUUUCUCUUUCACAAUUCGUCCUUCAUAUUUCUCAAAUAAAUUUUUACAUCGUGUAGCAAAUAAUAAUGUAAAGUCACUUUCGAAAUAUAAUUUGUCACCUUUUAAAGAAUCACGCGAAGUUGAAACAUUUUCUUUCGGGUUCCGCUUUAAGACGUGCUUAUAGCGCAAAGUCUCCCCUUUCAAAUGACUCGGACAAACUUGACGUGCGAUUUUGUCUCGCCAUUCGCAGUGGUACAACUCGAUACAUUCGCAUCCACGUUCCGAACUGCACGAUCCAAAGCGCAGAAUGCAAUUCUCAUCGAUCUAAAAAUAUGUUACACGAACGAUUCCGAAGAGAUCGGCUUUCCUUAUUCGGGCAGCGCCCGCGUAAGUCCACCUUGUAGGAACUAAGAGGAGUCUAUAGGAGUUUCGACGUCCUGAAUGGAUCAGGAUCGAUACGGGGUUGUCGCAAGAGCUUUACAAAACGGUUGUUCCUUGUGCCCGUGGACUGGCCACGGGUUUCACGUAAGAAACUAUCGAAGGGAUCAGAGUCGUUGUCUUACGAGCGGAUAAUCUAACGGGGGUGCGAGAUAAUACGUACUUAGAUUUAAAAUACACACGUAGGCGGGUCGCUCGCGCGGCCUCUACGACGGAGCUGGAAGCCAAAGAAGAGAGAAAAGGAGAGUAGCUCGGUCGUGCUUCGCGUUUCAGCGAGAAGAGGGAACGACUUGGAGCGGAUCGAUCGGAUGAAUCGAGUAAAUUCGAGCGAAUCGAGCGAUGAACGCGGCGGCCGAUUUAGGCCCGCGGUAGCAAUGCCAAAACAUUACUGCUAAUCGUAAUCAUUUAGUCAGGGUUUUAGUUGUUCGUCGUCGUUGGUAAGCGGUUUUAGGCUCAGGAGCAGGGUGGGUCGAUCGCCGAGUUUUGCAUUCAGUUGGAUAUUGCGAGAAAAAGAGAGAGAGAAAGAGAGAGAGAGAGAGAGAGAGAGAGGAGCGGUUCGUGGACGCGGAAAUGAAUUAUUUAUUCGUCCAGGCUGACCGGAAGCGAGAGAUGAAAGGGACGAAGCGUGAAUGCGAGCGAGGUCAAGGGUGUCAGCCGUUCCGAAUCAUCGAUGGCUCGUCCACCGAGUCAUCCGUCCGACAGUCUCUUAUUUUUUGGGAGAUUUUUCGUGUGAGAAGAGGCAACCGAUACAUAUUUUUUCAUGUGAUAUCAAUUUGUUACAGAGAUAGCCUAGUUUUACCUGUGAUCUGUUACUUAGUUCCCUUUAUCCGUGUCUGUUGGUCGCUGUGUGCAAUAUUCUCGUACGAUUACGGUAACGAUAACGAUAAUAACGCUAAUGAUACUAAUAUUGAUAGCGGUAGUAAUAACUCUAAUCGUAAAAAUAUGAUAUGAUUACCGGUAAUAGUAAAUUAGCACGUAACGUUAAGUUUAAGUCGCUGUAACGAGAGAUUCGGUAGCCAGCAACGAGCCGCGGCGAUGGUCCGCGACACGAGAGACGUCCGUGGUGUUACAAUAAUUAAUUUCGCGCUAAGGAUUUCGAUCCGCACCGGUCCAGGCCGGACUUCCGCCGACACCGGCGACAGGUGAAAACGAAACAUUUUGAUUCCGACUUUCCGUAGAACACGUUAGACGCGCGAGUAGCGAGUGCCGUGCUGACCGAUUCAGGACCUUGGACGGUUUCUUUUGCCAACUAAUUAGCGAAGAUUUACUGAGGAAAAGCAAAUCCGCGUAGCUUUCGUCGUGGUCGAAGUAGCCAAGCCAUUUCAUUUGAAUUUUUCCUGUUUGCGAAGAGCUGCAGAUUCUUAGAUACAGGACAGAGCAUCCUUGUUCCCGGUGAAAGGACACAUUUAUAUUAGUUGAGUAAGGUGUUUGUUACAAUCGUUUACCAAUUUCUAACUGUUUUGAAAGUAACACGUACGUUGUAAGCGUAAAAUUAAAGAAUACAAGUUUUUUAUUGAACAGAUCUCUUAUUUUAUAAUGUAUCUAACCAGACAGAACACUGUAUUGUUUUAGUUCCAGUAAUCGUUUGAAAAUGUUCUUCACGGAAUCAUUCCUCAUUAAACGUUUAUGCAGUAGACAGAAAUGAAUACACCUCUUAGUUUCAUGUAAGAAUUAUCGCUUUAAUCGUUAGUACCUGUGAAACGCAGCGAAAUCAUCGUUUGGCAGAAUAUCGUUUGCUUUUGCUCAGUACUUUUUCAUCUCGUACGCGCUACAAUAAAAUCCGAAUUAGCGUGACGAUUAGUGGAACACCGAUCGAUACCAAUUGGUGCUUAUUAGAGUCCAGAGAAAACAAAACGUUACUUACAAUAUCUGAACAAAAAUGUCGAAAGCAUUAACCGUAAUCCGAGGUAAAUCGUCGCGCUAAUCCCGAACCUUGUGCUCCUCAUCGAAUUACACAUAACAUUUAUUUUCGUACGUCAAUUACGAAUCAUUCUCAUUACAUUUGCCACUCAUUGUACCAUCUCCUUUUCCUUAGUUCCACAGUGUACUACACAAGACACACACACACACACACACACACACACACACACACACACACACACACACACACACAGUUAUAGUCUUCUACGCUUCAACGAGGCAGAUGUAUUUUCGAGUUAUUGUACAGUUUAAGAAACGUCGGAAAUACGAACGUUGACGCUUUUCGAGUAAAGUUUCGUUUUACGUUUA